UGGGAUAGAAGCGGUAGGAGCAGCGUUGGCACCGGUGAACCAUGGCUGGGAUUUUCUAUUUCCUUCUCUUUUCGUUUCUCUUUGGGAUUUGCGACGCUGUCACCGGUUCCAGGGUGUACCCCGCGAAUGAAGUUACCUUAUUGGAUUCCAGAUCCGUUCAGGGCGAACUUGGGUGGAUAGCAAGCCCCCUGGAAGGAGGGUGGGAGGAAGUGAGUAUUAUGGAUGAAAAAAACACACCCAUCCGAACCUACCAAGUGUGCAACGUGAUGGAACCUAGCCAGAAUAACUGGCUCCGAACUGACUGGAUCACCCGAGAGGGGGCUCAGCGGGUGUAUAUUGAGAUCAAGUUCACCCUGAGGGACUGCAAUAGUCUUCCAGGCGUCAUGGGGACUUGCAAGGAGACAUUCAACCUGUACUACUAUGAAUCCGACAACGACAGAGAGCGUUUCAUUCGAGAGAGCCAGUUUGCCAAGAUUGACACCAUCGCCGCUGACGAGAGCUUCACCCAAGUGGACAUUGGCGAUCGCAUCAUGAAGUUGAACACCGAGAUCCGAGAUGUAGGGCCAUUGAGCAAAAAGGGGUUUUAUCUGGCCUUUCAGGAUGUGGGCGCUUGCAUUGCCCUGGUGUCGGUCCGUGUGUUCUAUAAGAAGUGUCCACUCACGGUUCGCAAUCUGGCCCAGUUUCCAGACACCAUCACGGGGGCUGAUACGUCUUCUCUGGUCGAAGUCCGAGGCUCCUGUGUCAACAACUCAGAAGAGAAGGAUGUGCCAAAGAUGUACUGUGGGGCAGAUGGCGAGUGGCUGGUACCCAUUGGCAACUGCCUGUGCAAUGCCGGGCAUGAAGAACGAAAUGGAGAAUGCCAAGCCUGCAAAAUCGGAUAUUACAAAGCCCUCUCCACGGAUGCCACCUGUGCCAAGUGUCCACCCCACAGCUACUCUGUCUGGGAAGGAGCCACAUCGUGCACCUGUGACCGAGGCUUUUUCAGAGCUGACAACGAUGCCGCCUCAAUGCCCUGCACCCGCCCACCAUCUGCUCCCCUCAACUUGAUUUCAAAUGUCAACGAGACAUCGGUGAACUUGGAAUGGAGCAGUCCUCAGAACACCGGUGGCCGCCAGGACAUCUCCUACAAUGUGGUGUGCAAGAAAUGUGGAGCUGGUGAUUCCAGCAAGUGCCGACCCUGUGGAAGUGGGGUCCAUUACACCCCACAGCAGAAUGGGCUGAAGACCACGAAAGUCUCCAUCACCGACCUCCUGGCUCAUACCAAUUACACAUUUGAAAUCUGGGCGGUGAAUGGAGUGUCCAAGUAUAACCCUAGCCCAGACCAAUCAGUGUCCGUCACCGUGACAACCAACCAAGCAGCACCAUCAUCCAUUGCUUUGGUACAAGCUAAAGAAGUUACCAGAUACAGUGUUGCUCUGGCUUGGCUGGAACCAGAUCGGCCCAAUGGAGUCAUUUUGGAAUAUGAAGUCAAGUACUAUGAGAAGGAUCAGAACGACCGAAGCUAUCGGAUUGUCCGCACAGCAGCCAGGAACACGGAUAUCAAAGGUCUGAAUCCUCUGACUUCCUACGUGUUCCAUGUCCGGGCCAGAACAGCAGCUGGCUAUGGAGACUUCAGUGAGCCCCUGGAGGUCACAACCAACACAGUGCCUUCCCGGAUCAUUGGAGACGGGGCCAACUCCACAGUCCUGCUGGUCUCCGUUUCUGGCAGUGUGGUGCUAGUGGUCAUCCUCAUCGCGGCUUUUGUCAUCAGCAGGAGACGGAGUAAAUACAGUAAAGCCAAGCAAGAAGCAGAUGAGGAGAAACAUUUGAAUCAAGGUGUUAGAACUUAUGUGGAUCCCUUUACAUACGAAGAUCCCAACCAAGCAGUUCGAGAAUUUGCCAAAGAAAUCGACGCAUCCUGCAUUAAGAUUGAAAAAGUCAUAGGAGUCGGUGAAUUUGGUGAAGUUUGCAGUGGGCGUCUCAAGGUGCCUGGCAAGCGAGAGAUCUGUGUGGCCAUUAAGACACUGAAAGCUGGUUAUACGGACAAACAGCGGAGAGACUUCCUGAGCGAGGCCAGCAUCAUGGGACAGUUUGACCACCCGAACAUAAUUCACUUGGAAGGCGUCGUCACCAAAUGUAAACCAGUGAUGAUCAUCACCGAAUACAUGGAGAACGGCUCCUUGGAUGCAUUCCUUAGGAAGAAUGACGGCAGGUUCACAGUCAUUCAGCUGGUGGGCAUGCUUCGUGGCAUUGGGUCUGGGAUGAAAUAUUUAUCUGAUAUGAGCUAUGUGCACCGCGAUCUGGCUGCACGGAAUAUUCUGGUAAAUAGCAACUUGGUCUGCAAAGUGUCUGAUUUUGGCAUGUCCCGGGUGCUUGAAGAUGAUCCGGAAGCAGCUUAUACCACGAGGGGUGGCAAGAUUCCUAUCCGGUGGACUGCGCCAGAAGCAAUUGCCUAUCGUAAAUUCACAUCAGCGAGUGAUGUAUGGAGCUACGGAAUCGUUAUGUGGGAAGUGAUGUCGUAUGGAGAGAGACCCUACUGGGAUAUGUCCAAUCAAGAUGUGAUUAAAGCCAUUGAGGAAGGCUAUCGGCUCCCCCCUCCCAUGGACUGCCCCAUUGCACUCCACCAGCUGAUGCUAGACUGCUGGCAGAAGGAGAGGAGCGACAGGCCUAAAUUUGGGCAGAUUGUCAACAUGUUGGACAAACUAAUUCGCAACCCCAGCAGCUUGAAGAGGACGGGGACCGAGAGCUCCAGACCUAACACUGCCUUGCUGGAUCCAAGCUCCCCUGAAUUCUCCGCCGUGGUAUCAGUGGGUGAUUGGCUCCAGGCCAUUAAAAUGGACCGGUAUAAGGAUAAUUUCACGGCUGCUGGUUACACCACACUAGAAGCCGUAGUGCACGUGAACCAGGAUGACCUGGCACGAAUCGGGAUCACAGCUGUCACACACCAGAAUAAGAUUUUGAGCAGCGUCCAGGCAAUGAGAACCCAGAUGCAGCAGAUACACGGCAGAAUGGUUCCCGUCUGAGCCAGUACUGACUAAACUCAAAACUCUUGAAAUUAGUUUACCUCAUCCAUGCACUUUAAUUGAAGAACUGCACUUUUUUUACUUCGUCUUCGCCCUCUGAAAUUAAAAAAAAAAAAUCUAUCUGCAGUGUUGCUUGGUGUACAGACUGCUGGAAACGAGCUUACGGAAAUGACCACCGUCGUUUGAAUUCGACCUGGAACAAAUUGUUUCUCAGAAGUACUUCCUCGGUCACCAGUUUGUAAAAUACACGUACCUGUACAAAUAGGACCCCACCUCUGAGUCUUGAUGCCAUGUUUGCUACCAGACACUGAGCUUCUCUGAGACAUCUGGUCCUUUCUCCACUGGGAAUUACAGCCGUGGUAUUUUGUUUGUGGCAUAAAUUACAGUCCUCCUUCUUUCACUGGAAUGAAGACCAAGCCCAGGCACACUUUUGAAGGACUCGCUUGUAGCUUUUAAGGCUUGGUUCACAGUAGGGGGAGAAACCUAGGUAACAGCCAUGCGGAUCAUCCGUGUUGCUCUUUCGAUGCUUAGGCCACUGGGUGGCUUGUGAUGACAUGAGGGGAUGAACAGUAAAGGAAAGUGGAUUUAAAAAUAAUAAUAAUAAUAAAACCCGAGCACCAUAUACAUCCCCUAACUGGACAAACAAGGUCUGUUUCUUUGGGCCCGAGGCUGUGCCAUAUAAAGUCUUAUUUUGGGGACUACAGAUUUACUGUUACUACCUUAAGGAUAGCGGACUGGGACAAUCUUGAAUAGGGAACUUUCAUACUUCCCUUCUUUAAAGAAGCAAACCCCAAUCUCCAAGGGAGUAGACUCUGCUAUCUUGGCCUCACAGCCCUUCCUGUUGAUUACAAAGCCCACAGAAGAAAACGGAACACACCCUGCUUACUUCCUUCUCCGUGGAUUUCUUCUGCGGCUACUGUGCGAGUUCUGGAGGAAAGACACACGUGAAACAGACGCAGCACCUGCAAAGAGUAAAUGCACGACUUGCAAAUCUCCUUUCCAGUGAAAGAAACAGCAGACAUUCAAGGUUCGGCGUCUGUUCUCCGGUGGCACUGAGGAACGUACUGUCUCAUAGCACCAGCUCUGCAGAACCCCUGUUCCCAGACUCCUUGUGGUUUUAUUUAUAUGUAUUUCCAUAUCUCAUUGCUGUAUGUCACUGCUGCAUUGGUGUGGCAGCAAGUGACCAAAGGCUACAGGUUUUACUAUGGACACCAGGUCAGGUGCCACCAUGCAAAACAAAGCCAGUUCCUAUGAGCUGCCUAUGAUAUGCAUUGCUGAAGUAACAUUUUACCCAGGGUGUGCCAUUGCAGUGAUAUAAAUAUAUUUUUUUCCUAGACUAAAUAUGAGCUGACUAUCUGUUUUGAUGUGUGUACAUAGGCGUGAGUGAGUGUGUGUGCGUGUGUGUGCACGUGUGUAACCUCAUGCUUAGAACUGCCUGUGAAUGUUGUGGAAUGCUACACCUGGAAAGUUCUGGUUUUCCACCGGUUCUGAGAUGAAGAGCCACACGAGGUAGCGGGCCUGGAGACCAUGCCCAUCCCCUUAGACAGACAACCCGGAAAUGUUAAAUGUCCUGUAUUUAUAUUGUAUUUCGUAGCUGCCACACUAACCUUAAUAGGUAAUAAUACAGCUUUGGGCAGAAGCGUUUUCACCUUAGUGGUGGAGUAAUAUUAGAAUAUAAACCCAUGUCAGUGACAAUCCAUCAUCAAAGUCACGAAUUCUGACCGAACGCCUCAUCUGAAUCACCAGUUCCUUGAUGGAGAGAGAGAGAAGGGGAUGGCAUUUGUUUAGUAACCCCAAAUGGAGUACAAGUAGCCUUCGUUUUCCUGCAUAAAUGGACUUGACGAAUGCGAACAGAUAUAUGCAAUUCCUAUGCUUUCGGAGAUGAACGUAGACAUGCGUGUCAGCUUUGAGAUGAUGUGUCCUGGAUUAAUACUUUGUCUCCCACUAUCACAGAACAAUACAUGCCAGGUUAGCAUAGUUGGGAUUAAAUGGCUGCAAGCAAUUUCAGGUGCCCAAUGACAUGGAAAGUUCUACAGUUGUUGAUAGAGAGCUAACUCCGAUGGCCCACACAAGUACAUCAGCCUUCUAGAAUCUGAGGUCCACUGUGUGAAGAUUCUGUUUUGAUAUGAUAUGUAUACCAAACUCCAGCCAACAUACUGCCAUGUUUCAUAAUCUGAGUGGCUGCCUUGCUUGUUCUAAGCUAUGGUUGCAGAAACUGUGGCCAUUUAUAUAAGCUAUAACAUCAAAUCAGGGAAAUAAUGGGAAACAAAAGAUUCUGAACCCUGUGUUGUUGAAUCAGUGAAGAAAAUCGUCAGUGAAUAUUUAUUGCAUUCCGUCAGGGUGUAUGGCAUUGUAUUCUUAUAACUAUGCCAGAGUGACAAAGUUAAUUCACCCCUUUGGGGGGACUUUAAUAUAUUUUUAAAGGGAUGUGCCUAUGCAUUGAUGCCUGAAAAAUAUGUAUAAAGAAAUGAGGUUGAAUCUCUGAGCAGGUCACCUUUCCUCUAGAGGUAAGGGCAGGAGGCCAGCUUUAGGGGCUGGGUCUAGCCCCAGGAGUGAGUACUGGCCCUAGUGAGCUCAGAUCUACCGUUAGGAAGCAUUAAGCUGACCCCCUGCACCAAAUCCAGUAGCUUCACCAUGUGUCCACUGGCCCCAAAUUAUUUUUAACAAUAUUAUGAAUAAAAUGUUCUGGUGUGUUUUAAAAAGUUACUUUGAAGAAAGGCUGUGCUCACUACACGGCUGGUGUGUGUGUUUUGAGACCUCUUGUAUUCAAUCUGUGAAGGAUAUGUGUAUUAAUCCAUACAAGCUUAUAGCCUCAAUAUUUGUCUGAAGACACUUAAAUUCUGACCAGUCAAGGAAAGUUCUAGAAGCAAUAUUUUCACUUAUUUAACAUUCUCCAAACAACAUCAAGCAUUGAUACACACUGAAAAGUGUAUUUUUUUUAUCACUCCAAGUAUGUUGGAAUAUGCAAGGACUGUGGUUAAAAUUAGAAUGUAUAAGGCAUAUUAUAAUUUAGUUCAUCUGAAAAAGGAAUUAACUGAACAUAGAGUCAUUCAUACAUGUUCCAAAAUUUGAGCAAUCUCUUGAGUUAGACAUAGAUUUUCUAUUUUGUUUUAAUUUGUCAAGAUAUUUUUCUUCCCUUCAUAAAACUUAGGUACACAUAACUUAUGUCAUUUAUUUAUGGUCUUUUAUACCUAGUUUGUAAAAUUGUAAAAUAGCAAACUAAAUGCAAAGGGUUUGCAUUUGAAAACAAUAAAGUA